AUGCCCUCCACCAAUGGUAACUCCGCUGUCAACGGCACCUCCAAGUUCCUCGACUUUCGCGGAGCCCUCGAGGCCCUGAACGAGUAUGAGUCCAGAGACGGACUCGGCAUCGAGGAUCUCGUCGAUACGAAGAAGCAUGGCGGUCUAACCUACAACGACUUCCUCGUCAUGCCGGGCUACAUUGGCUUCCCUGCUUCUGAAGUUGCGCUCGACUCACCCGUCACCAAGAGAAUCACACUGAAGACCCCCUUCGUGUCUUCUCCCAUGGACACUGUCACGGAGCACGACAUGGCUAUCCACAUGGCUUUGCAAGGUGGCCUCGGUGUAAUCCACCACAACUGCUCGCCCGAGGAACAGGCAGCUAUGAUCCGAAAGGUCAAGCGAUAUGAGAAUGGCUUCAUCAACGACCCUGUCGUCAUUACCGAGAAGACUACCAUCGGAGAGGCCAAGGCUUUGAAGGAGAAAUGGGGCUUUGGUGGUUUUCCUGUCACUGAAUCCGGCAAGCUUAACUCCAAGCUCCUCGGUAUCAUCACGAACCGCGACCUCCAGUUCGAGGAUGACCUCAGCCAGACUGUCGAUAAGGUCAUGGUCACCGACCUAGUCACUGCUCAGUCCGAUGUCACCCUCCUCGAGGCGAACCGAAUCCUUGCCAAGUCCCGAAAGGGCAAGCUUCCGAUCGUCGACAAGGACUUCAACCUUAUCUCUAUGAUCUCCCGAUCCGACCUUAGAAAGAACCUUGAUUUCCCACUGGCGUCAAAGCUUCCUGACUCUAAGCAGCUCAUCUGCGCCGCUGCCAUUGGCACUCGUCCCGAAGACAAGACCCGUCUGCAGAAGCUUGUCGAUGCUGGUCUGGACAUCGUCAUCCUGGACAGCAGUCAGGGCAACAGCAUGUACCAGAUUGAGAUGAUCAAGUGGAUCAAGCAAGAGUUCCCUGAUCUGGACGUCAUUGGUGGAAACGUUGUCACCCGCGAACAAGCCGCCGGCCUGAUCGCUGCAGGUGUCGACGGAUUGCGGAUCGGAAUGGGUAGCGGAAGUGCGUGCAUCACCCAAGAAGUCAUGGCUGUCGGUCGCCCUCAGGCUGCUGCUGUCUACUCCGUCUCGAACUUCGCUGCUCGUUUUGGUGUACCUUGCAUUGCCGAUGGUGGUGUACAGAAUGUUGGCCACAUCGUCAAGGGCCUCGCACUCGGCGCUUCCACCGUCAUGAUGGGUGGUCUGCUCGCUGGUACGACCGAGUCCCCUGGUACCUCGUUCGUCUCGCGGGAAGGCAAGCUUGUCAAGGCGUACCGCGGAAUGGGCAGUAUCGACGCCAUGCAAGACAAGAAGGCUGGUGCUGGCAGCAAGAACACCCAGGCUAGCAAUGCUGGCACGGCGCGGUACUUCAGUGAGGGAGAUAGUGUCCUCGUCGCCCAGGGUGUGUCGGGUGCUGUGGCGCACCGCGGCUCUAUCAACAAGUUCGUGCCCUACCUCGCCGCAGGUCUCAAGCAUUCCAUGCAGGAUUGCGGUCAGAAAAGCCUGAAGGACUUGCAUGAGGCUGCUGCCAACGGCACCCUGCGCUUCGAGAUCCGAACUGCCAGUGCUCAACUGGAAGGUGGUGUCAACAUGGAGAGCUACGAGAAGAAGCUUUACGCAUAG